AAUAAUUUCCUUUGCAUCCGUCGCGAUCGCAUUUCGUGACGUCCCGUGCGAUGUCGCAGAAAGGUCUGCAGCAGCUGUGAAUGAGAGAUUGAGGGUUUAUUAUCCGCGUACCGGUGCAUCCACAAGUUUACAAGGAGCUCCUCUUUACUUUGAUCUCUCACGGAGAUCAUGAAGACGGAAGUCGAGGACACGAGUGGCGAUGGUGCAUGCGACAGCGGCGUCGGCGGUCCCAACCUCGCUUGUCCUGAGGGUACCAGCGGGCUGGUUGUCGGCCCGGAAACAUCGCCGAGCGUAAUGGAGUGCGGUGGAUGCGGCGAGCGAGUACGCGAACGAACUAUCCUUUGCGUAGGCGGACGUACGUGGCACUCCAGGUGUCUGAGGUGUAGCGCUUGUGCCAGGCCAUUGCACGAUCAGCACUCGUGCUUCCAGAGAGGCAUGCGAGUGUACUGUAGGCACGAUUACGAUCGAACUUUUGGAGCAAAGUGCGCGAAAUGCGGGCGCAGCGUGGGCGCUGGGGAUUGGGUGAGAAGGGCCAGGGAAAGGGUUUAUCAUCUGGCCUGCUUCGCAUGCGACGCUUGUUCGCGUCAGCUGUCGACCGGUGAGCAAUUCGCCCUCCUGGACGCCCGAUUGCUUUGCAAGGCGCACUAUCUCGACGUCGUCGAGGGCAACAACAACUCUUCCGCUGAAGGCGGUGACUCCGAGAGUGGUCACAAGGGCGGCAAUAAAGCGAAGAGAGUUAGGACCACUUUUACCGAGGAGCAACUCUCCGUUCUCCAGGCGAAUUUUCAAUUGGACAGUAAUCCCGAUGGGCAGGACCUUGAAAGGAUAGCGCAUGUAACUGGACUCAGCAAGAGGAUAACGCAGGUGUGGUUCCAAAAUUCUAGAGCAAGGCAGAAGAAACACCUUCACACUGGCAAAAUGAAGGGACAACACGUGCACCAAUCGCCACCGAAUUCUACCGCGUCGCCCAACGAUUUCGGUCGUCACAUCAACCUGCAUCUAACGUACUCGUUUCAACAUCAGCAACAGCAUCAACAGCAACAACAACCGCAGCUUAGCCCAGCCACGUGUAAGAGCCCGACAGGCUCCAUUUAUCACAAUCAUGGGUCGGAGCAAUCGAUGGACGAGCUCUCGCAAGACUCGAUGCUACUAUCUAUGCCGAAUGAGGUUUAAUGGCGAUUUCAAUUAUAUUGUAAAUACUCGGCGUUGCUUCGAAAAAGCGUCAGAAGGUAGAGGUCGAGGAAGCACCAUUCAAUGCUCGGUUAUCGUUUUAUUUAUCCAAGAAAAGUGAAAAAUUCAAUCGUCGCGCUCUUCGAUGACGCACUUUCGAGUUACACUCGCAACAUAUAUCUUGCGCUCUCGGUGUUGAAUCUUACUGGAACCAGUAUUGUUCUGUGUUACAUGCGAAAUGAUAUGUACGCACGCGUGAAUUCGCGCUCGCGUGUGCGUGUAUAUGUGUGUAUGUGUGUGUAUGUGCAAUGUGUUUGUGUGCAUGUAUGUGUGCGUGUGCGUGCGUAUGCGUGCGUAACUUUGUCUGCAAUUUUGAAUCGAUCUAUCUGCCUACCUCUUUCUUGGUUGUGUGUGAAUUGUGAUUUUGUACCUCUUUCUCGUUCGUCUCUCUAUUCUUUCUUUCGUAUCGGUGCCUGAUGCAACCAGGAGGGAAUCGCUUUAACGAAGCCUUUAAAGCGAACAUAGGCAUAAAAGAGAGGCGGAUACGUAGGACACCUAUUAUGAAUCUAUUUGGAAAUGAUUCCGUUCGGAAUGAUUCCGUUUCUCGUCACUUGAUCUAUUCCAUAGACAUUCGAAUUGUAUUCAAAAUG